AUGUCCAGGGGAAAUCAAAGAGAUAUAGAUAGACAGAGAGCACAGAAAAGACAAGAUAGAACUGCUCCAAAAACAGGAAAGUCGACAAUUGAGCAAAAAGAAAAGAUUCUAAGUAUUAUAUGUAAUGUAUGUAAACAAUCAUUUAUGUGCACUGCAAAUAGACAGACUUUGGAAGUACAUGUUGAUACAAAGCAUUCAAAAUUAGACUUUUCUCAAUGUUUUCCAAAUAAUUAA